CCACCUUCCACUUGGGUAUUUUGCAAUAGUUUUCUGAGCCCCCUGGCUAAGAGGGGCCUUAGAGGUCAUCUAGCCUAGCAUUGUAUAGGAAGGAGGAACAGCAUGUGUGUCGCUUGCUGAAAGUCAGAAAGAAAUAGAGCCAAAGCCGAUCUAGGACUGUACUUAGCACGGGGACUGGCACAGAGCAGGCACUCAAGAAAUCUAUUGAUUGACUCCGUUCUUUCCACCCAGCUAAGCUGCCUUUAUUUCAGUUAAUAAUUUAUUUUGUCUUGUAGGAUCAGAAGAGCACUUCGUUAAGUGAUAUAAAUGUCUGGUAGUGAGAACUAACAUUUGGAUUGGUUCAGGAUGAGUCUCCUGCUGCCCAAGCUUGCAUCCAAAAAAGAAGUAGACCAGGCAAUAAAAAGUACUGCAGAAAAGGUUUUGGUCCUCAGAUUUGGAAGAGAUGAGGAUCCUGUCUGUCUGCAGAUAGAUGACAUCCUUUCUAAGACUUAUCAUGACUUAAGUAAAAUGGCUAUGAUAUAUCUGGUGGAUGUGGACCAAACACCAAUUUACACCCAGUAUUUUGACAUUAGUUAUAUUCCGUCUACUGUCUUUUUCUUCAAUGGGCAGCAUAUGAAAGUGGAUUAUGGGUCUCCAGAUCACACUAAGUUUGUGGGAAGUUUCAAAACUAAACAGGACUUCAUAGACUUGGUCGAAGUAAUCUAUCGAGGAGCAAUGCGAGGAAAACUUAUCGUCCAAAGUCCAAUUGAUCCCCAAGAACAUUCCUAAAUAUGACCUUCUUUAUCAAGGCAUUUAAAACCUCGACUUGAACCAGAGUUGAAGAGAGAACUGCAGUUGAAAUGACACAUAUAACCAAAUAUGCUGUUGUUGUGUGACCCUGUUUUCCUGAAGAGAUCACACACCAGAGAGGGGAGGAGGGUAGAAAAGGUUUGAAUUUUAUAUCAAAUUCUAAAAUGCUGUCAGACCCCUGAUUAAGAGAUCAUAUUGAAAUUGUCGGUGCAGGGGAGGGGAGAGGUGUCUCGUCACUGAUAGGCAAGUUUUGUUCUAGAGCCUUUAAAAUGUUGUAAUAGCUUGAAAUCUAUAUAAAUUUCUGCAACAGUGCCCUUGUGUAGAACGUAAAGUAACACCCAUUCUUUGUA